AUGGUGCAAUGCUCCUGACUAACAGGAGUCCAUCUUCCCCACAAUUCACAUAUCAUUCUUUGCAGCUUUAAAUGUGGUCUAGGGAGUUAUUAAAAGUAGUGUGCACUUUGCUAUCUGGGAAACUGGGUCUCUUGAGCCCUAAUUGUCACCUUGUUAAUCAUUCUGUUUCAUAUAAUGAACACAGGAUCAAAAUGAGUUCUUAUACAUUAUAUUCUAAACAUUAGGAAUGGUGGACAGUUUCCUCUGAAGAAAAACGGGAUGAUAACCAUAGAAAAGAGUACAAUUUGAAGUAAAUCUAUAAGUAUAGGUUUCAUUCACAAAAGGGGGCUGAGAGAAAAAAAUUGCAUGCCAGGAGGACCUGUGGAGCAAAAGCAAAAAAACAACAAAGAAAACUGGGUAUGAUGGAGAAUGUUAGGCUGCGAUUUCUGGGCAGCUCCAGCAGAAAGCUGAAAAAGCCCUGUCAGCCACAGUGUACCGGAUCCUUGAUGCUGUGCUUUACUGCUGGGUUAAUUCUGCUGUUGAUCCAUUUACUCACUCAACAAAUGUUUUCUCGUAACACAAAGGAUAAAAUGCACGUAUUUUUGCUCUCAUGCGUUGUCUUCCACUAUUUGAUCUUUUGCAUGCCUUUUGCAUAUGUCUCUCAACACUAUUCCCUUGUCUGCAGCCAUGGAGCCACUGCUGACUAUACUACGUCAGUAUUUAGCCUCAAUAUUUUCAGGUUUUUUUUUUCUUCUCUGGAAUCCUGGUUCGAUGCUACCGAAGCUUUUGCACUACGUUUUUGUGCCUGAUUCUCUCACUCAGGAGCUUCUUGAGAUCAAAAAAAUUGUGUCCCAUUCACUUUUAUAUCACUAUCGGUAGUAAAUACAGCAUUUACCACAGCUAAUUUCAAAAAUAAAUGAAUGUUGAGUAUUUGUUGAAUACCUAAUUUUUUAUCACAGGUAGCUUGAUUUAAAAGUGAUCUAGAAAAAUAUGAAUGGAGAACAGAAAUGGAAAAAUGGAGGGAGAACAGUUAGAUGUCUCGGUUUUAAAGCAGAUUAUUUGUUUAGAUGACCCAUUAGGAGGUAGAUUUCUGGAAAAUGGGUUUAAGGGGGAAAAUGCAGGAUUUAAUGACUGGCUAGGAUUUAUUACUGUCUGGCAUAGAGAGAGGGAAGUGUGAAUGCUAAUAAAGAUUUAAUAUCAUAGUGAAAAUAGCAAGACCGGGAUGCUUACAAAACUCCGGUUACUUUUAAGUAAACAUGCUUUGCCUGAGUCAGAGCUCCUGGUGCUAGCCUUUGUCUCACACUGCCUCUGCUGUAGGACGAGCAUGUUGCUUUAGUUCAGUUUGCUGAAACUAAGCUUUGGAUUCAUUUGGUUCUCAUUUUCAUAUCUGAUCAGGAGUUUAGAUCUGAAAUAUAAAUAGUUCAACCACACUGACUGUAAUUUCUUAUCAAGGCAAGGUAUGCAGGACAUAGGCUUUUGAAUAUAAAAGGCUUGUUUCCGUUUCUGGGAGCUACAGCUGAAGUGUUAUACCAGGCAGAGGCACUGGGGUGCGCUACUGUGUAGUAGCAGAGCCUAGCUGUGCAUCACAGCUCUUAACUUUAAAACUCCAGAGAAUUUGAUGAGAGAGGGAUCCACAAGAACAUGACAAAUGAUGAGAGUUCAAACCUUAAGAGAAAAAUGGGCUUAUUGGAGACGGAGGCAAUUGUCUUUAAAACAAGCCGAUUUCAAGGAUAUAUUCAAAAAAGCAGCUGCAGGAUCACUUGUGGAAGAGGAAGACCAGCACUUGAAACUGUGCCUUGGAAGUGAAAUGGGCCUCUCUUCCCAUUUGCAGUCUUGCAAGGCAGGAAGUACACGCAUCUUUACCAGCAACAGCCACAGUUCUGUGGUGUUACAGGGAUUUGACCAGCUUCGGCUUGAUGGAUUGCUUUGUGACGUGACACUGAUGCCAGGUGAUACAGAUGAUGCCUAUCCUGUGCACCGAGUCAUGAUGGCCUCUGCUAGUGACUACUUCAAAGCUAUGUUUACCGGUGGAAUGAAAGAACAAGAGUUAAUGUGCAUUAAGCUUCAUGGCGUGAGCAGAGUGGGUCUAAGGAAAAUUAUUGACUUCAUCUAUACUGCAAAGCUUUCUCUCAACAUGGACACCCUUCAAGAUACACUGGAAGCUGCCAGCUUUCUUCAGAUUCUGCCGGUUUUAGACUUCUGCAAAGUAUUUCUCAUAUCUGGGGUCACUUUGGAUAACUGUGUUGAAGUUGGACGGAUUGCCAACACCUACCAUCUGACAGAAGUGGAUAAAUAUGUCAACAGCUUCGUCUUAAAGAAUUUUGCUGCAUUGCUGAGUACCGGGGAGUUCCUGAAGCUUCCCUUUGAGCGCCUUGCCUUUGUGCUUUCCAGCAACAGCCUUAAGCGCUGCACCGAACUCGAGCUCUUCAAAGCUACCUGCCGUUGGCUUCGCCUGGAAGAACCUAGAAUGGACGUUGCUGCAAAACUAAUGAAGAACAUACGAUUCCCGCUGAUGACACCACAGGAGCUGAUUAAUUAUGUGCAAACGGUGGAUUUCAUGAGAACUGACAAUACUUGUGUCAAUUUGCUUCUGGAAGCCAGCAAUUACCAAAUGAUGCCGUUUAUGCAGCCAGUUAUGCAGUCAGACAGGACUGCCAUUCGGUCUGACACCACUCAUUUGGUCACACUCGGAGGAGUCCUGAGGCAGCAGCUUGUCGUCAGUAAAGAAUUGCGCAUGUAUGAUGAAAAGACCCACGAGUGGAAAUCUCUAGCCCCCAUGGAUGCCCCAAGAUACCAGCAUGGCAUUGCUGUCAUCGGAAAUUUUCUCUAUGUUGUUGGUGGGCAGAGUAAUUAUGACACAAAAGGAAAAACGGCCGUCGACACAGUGUUUAGAUUUGAUCCUCGAUACAACAAGUGGAUCCAAGUUGCAUCUUUAAAUGAAAAGCGCACCUUCUUCCACCUAAGUGCCCUCAAAGGAUUUCUGUAUGCAGUCGGUGGGCGAAAUGCAGCUGGAGAACUACCUACUGUCGAGUGUUACAAUCCAAGAACAAAUGAAUGGACCUACGUUGCCAAAAUGAAUGAGCCUCACUAUGGACAUGCUGGAACUGUGUAUGGAGGAGUGAUGUAUAUUUCAGGAGGAAUUACCCAUGACACUUUCCAAAAGGAACUCAUGUGCUUCGACCCUGAUACUGACAAAUGGAUCCAGAAGGCUCCAAUGACCACUGUCCGAGGCCUACACUGCAUGUGUACAGUAGGGGAUAGGCUCUAUGUCAUUGGUGGCAACCAUUUCCGAGGAACCAGUGAUUACGAUGAUGUCCUGAGCUGUGAAUACUAUUCACCUAUCCUUGACCAGUGGACCCCAAUUGCUUCCAUGCUAAGAGGGCAGAGCGAUGUUGGGGUCGCUGUCUUUGAGAAUAAAAUCUAUGUGGUUGGUGGAUAUUCAUGGAAUAAUCGCUGUAUGGUAGAGAUAGUGCAGAAGUAUGAUCCAGAGAAAAAUGAAUGGCAUAAGGUUUUCGAUCUGCCAGAGUCCCUUGGUGGUAUUCGAGCCUGUACACUUACGGUUUAUCCACCUGAAGAAAAUACUCCAUCACCUUCUAGAGAGUCCCCUCUUUCUGGACCCUAAGAUCAUCCUUACAGUUAAGAUGCUAUAUUCCUAUCUUUGCAAUGUGUCAUGAUUCUCUUCUUUCCCCCCCCCCUUAAGUAGUAUAUAUGUUAGAAUUAGCAUCCAGUAAUUGAUACAGAUAAUGGAAAAAAAAUUGACAUUGAUGUUACUUGUGCUAUUUGUAUGGCCUAGAAUGUUUAUAAAGUGGUAACAACCCAUCCUCGAAAUAUAUCCCAUAGAAGCUGAUGUUUAACAUUGAAAACAAAAAAAAGUAUUGUCUACAAGCUGUUCCUUCAGUACUUUUUAAAUGCUGUGUACUGAGUGUAAGGUAUUCAUCAUCUUACAUUAUAAGCCAAGUCAGAGGUGGAUUGUAGUAAACGUACAACUGUGCACACUAGGCUUCAAAGUAAAGUUUUCCUUUCAUCUGUAACUGUAAAAUGUCAAAGGGAGGCAGCCUGCUCCAACAGGAAACAAUACACAAACGGUUGUCAACUCGCAUGAGCUACCUCCCUCUUUUCAUACAGUAUUUUUGACACAUCUGUCAACCCACCCGAAUAUGUGGGUGCAUUGAGAACACACCAAGUUUCUAAGACACACAGGAGAAAUAACUGAAAUUCACCAACACUAGUUAGGGGGAAAGCAUGACCCCUCUGCUUCUAAGAAUUGGUUUGGGGUUUUUUAAGUGUGUAUAGAUAAACACACACAUACUUCUAUCAAACACAAAUUUUUAAAAAUUGAGUGUCAGGUCAAAUAAAUGUGAAAUUAAAAUAAAUUCUUCGAAAAAGCAGCUUCCAUGAACAAUGGGGAUUCAGUAUGCACACAUUAAAUGCAUAUAUUUGGAACCAUACUGAAUUUAGGUGGAUAAGGGCUAGAAAUUUUGAGCAACUAAAUUUAUCACUUGACCAAAUUUUAUCUUAAAGAAUUACAUUCUCUUUUUCUCCUUUGCUGUUGAGGUAACUUACCUGUUCUGUGUAUUCUGUAUUCUGUACACUCUUGGUUCAUGAGGUUAUUUAGCACAAAGUGUAACAGCUUCGCCUGGGAAGCUGCUUUUGCUCUAUGAUGUCCAUGGUUUCCCUUUUAUUCAAUAAAAACAUUUAAUGUCA